AUGAGCUCACCUUUGUUCGACCAGCUCGAAGAGCUCGUGCGCCAGUCCGGAAAUGGCUCGCAGAACACAGCUCAAGUUCUUCAAGAUCUAGGCGUACCAUCAGCGACGAUUGCUGUCUUGGACGAUGGCGAGAUCUCCUCCUACUGCAUAUCCAGCAUUGGUGAUGAUCCCGACACCCUCUUCCAAGCAUGCUCUAUUUCGAAGCCGGCAGCUGUGAUGGCGGCGCUCAGAUUGGUAGAGGAGGGUCAUUUUGCCAUCACCGAUCCGAUUCGUCCUCUGCUACCGGCUGAAAUUGUCGAUAUACUUAUUGAUCGUCGCACGGAGGCCGCCCUAAACAGUGUGACCGUGGCCCGACUCAUGAGCCACACGGCAGGACUGUCUAUCUCUGGCUUCCCUGGCUAUCCGUAUGGGACAGAUGUGCCUGAUGUUGCCACCCUGCUCAAAGGCACGGGCAACACCAUGAAAAUUUCCUUCUCUUCAUUGCCAGGUGCCGAGUUCAUAUACUCUGGCGGCGGCAUCACUUUGCUCCAAUGUAUCAUGGAGAAAGCCACCGGGCUAUCCCUCCCAGAGAUCAUGAAGAAGUACAUCCUCGACCCACUGGAGAUGACUCGAUCUUUCUACCAGCUCUCGCCUGAGGAGACCAAUGUCAGCCGCUGCUUCUACCAUGGGUAUACCGAAACAGAGUACAAGUGGCAUUGCCAGCCUGAACAGGCCGCGGCCGGAUUGUGGACGACUCCGAGAGAUCUGCUGAGACUCGUCAAGGCGGUGCAAGACUCCUUAGCCGGUACCGGAGUUCUCCAAAAGAGCACGGCUCAGACAAUGCUCACCAGAGUCACUCAGAAUAUAGCGCUUGGCUGGUUCAUUGGGUCGAAAGGCUUCUGCCAUACUGGUGGAAAUAUGCCGGGUUGGAAGUGCUUUGUCUCCGGGUUUCAAGAUCUGCCUUGGAAUGCAAAGGAUGGUGAAAUUGACGAGCCGGUACCGAAGCGGUCGGGAAUCGCUAUCAUGACUAAUUCAGCAGUUGGGCUACCAGUAGUCUUCAAACUGUUUGCCGCAAUUUGCUACCUGAAGAAUUGGCCGCUCGUGGUUCGCAGUUCGGGUGGCGGGGAUGCCAUUGCUCCUCUCGCAGCACCGGCAGGAACGGUUAUCCGCGAAGAGUGGAAGGACUGGAUCGGUGAAUGGGGCGACAACUGGAGAAUAGCAACAGAUCAAUUGGGCGGGCCAAUGGCUGGAGUUGACGGCGUCAUGCUGCUGUUGAAGCCGGCGGCUAUAUCACCUUCGCCUUGCGGAAAGGGCCAGUCGACGAUCGAUCUGCUGGUCGAUGGCACGGAGCUCAUGUUGAGACUGGGAUGGAAGGACGACCAGCGCUCAGUCGAGCUCUGGAAUGGCGCUCUUGCUAGCAGCAGCACGCUCGAGUGUACGCAGCAAGAGACCAGUACUCGUUGA